CUAAGAUCUAGUCGACAUCUUGAAGAGAUACACUUGUCAUACUGCUAAGCAUACUAUUACAAUGCCGUUCCAACUUUCUCAGGAGCAAAUUGACUCUUACCACAAAGAGGGCUUCUUGAUACUGCGGGCUCAUGAACACCAACUGCUAGAGAAUCCUCACGACCUCCAAGUAUGGAGUGAGGAGGUGAAGGCCUGGCCACGCGAGCCCGGCAAAUGGAUGCCUUACGACGAAAAGAGUUCCACAGGCGAGAGAAUCUUGAUGCGCACAGAGAACUUUGUUGAUUGGCAUCCUCAGCUCCAGGGGCUGAUCUGUGGCAAAGCUCUGGGUGACAUCUUGGGUACCCUAGCUGGUGAUGAAGUUCUCCUGUUCAAGGACAAAAUCAAUUAUAAGCAAGCCAAGAGCAAUGGCUUCCGGGCACAUUUAGAUGCUCGAGCCUACGCCCACUUAGGUGAUAUGGAACAUAUCACGGCUAACUUUGCCGUUGAUCCUGCAACCCCUGAGAAUGGGUGCUUGGAGAUCGUUCCGGGGUCGCAUAAGAUGGAGGUUGAUUGCACCAAGGGUUUCAUCAGCCUCGAGUGGCAGAAUUCCCAUGAAUGGAUCAAAGUGCCUCUUGACACGGGCGACAUCUUGAUCUUCGGAUCCCAUCUGGCGCAUCGCUCUGCUCCGAACAAUACCGACAAGGCCCGAGCGAGCGUGUAUGCGACUUUUCAUAAUAAGAGUGAAGGAACCGAUCUGCGUAAGCAGUAUUAUGAUCACCGUCGGAUCCAUUUUCCACCUGACCACGAACGCGUGCCAGAUAAGGACUACUCCGCGGGAUAUUUCCGAUACUCCCUGGCAGCUCCUUUCUACGGCAGCUGGGCUGACAACCCAACCUCUGAAGCGAGACCAGUCGCCGUCGGUGGUGGACACGAUUAGUAAGAUGAAACCGGUGCUGGUAUGGUAGCGCUUCUUGACCUGCUAUCUGACACUUCUUCGGGGCCCUAUCGCUGCAGAGGAAGAUAACCAUGUUGAGCAGUUCAUUGGAGAUGGUUUUGCACGUUCAUUCAUUCAAUCUUGCCUUCAGACCAAUCAAAUUCUGCUUGGAGUGCCUGCUAAAUGCCAAUUGCCUACCUGCCUGUCGCAAGAGUGCAGUUCAUAGCUUAGAUCUACUGUAGUUAUCAACUUCCUAGUAAUUAUUCAAGAUCAAGAUUGAGAUUGCUUCCUUAUAGCGAUAUCGCUUUAUAUCAGCCCUAACAGUCUUCUUCGGGCUUAGCGCAG